UGGCGGCCGUGGCGUUGGCGGCGCACACAGACAGAGCUAAACGAGCGGUUUCCGGAUUCAAUUCACCAACAAGAUCUAAAAAGGCCGUCUCGCAACUCAAAAAUUGGAAUACGACUCUCUCUGUUUUAGGCGCUUGGCCUCCAAUCUCAUAAUUUUAGAGGGAAAAUGGGGAUUCCAUCCGAAAUGAGGGACAUUUGGAUUAAGCACAGAGAAGCCUUGGUGAUUGCUUCGCCAGCUGAAGAACAAAAAGUUUUAAGGGCGAGAAAUUGUACGCAAGAAGGUGUUCGCGCCGGAUUUAAAGCGGCUUCCAUUGCAUGCGUAGCCAGUGCUGUGCCCACACUAGUUGCUGUUCGGGCAAUUCCAUGGGCAAAGGCAAACCUCAAUUAUACAGCACAGGCACUCAUUAUAUCUGCUGCAUCAGUUGCUGCAUACUUCAUCACUGCUGAUAAAACUAUCUUAGAGUGUGCAAGAAGAAAUGCCCAGUUUCAAGAAACCAUGAGACGCCAAAGCAACUGAAUCUCAAAGUAAUUUGUAUGCAACACAGUGCUUUGUCUUGCUAUGUGUUGAUUUUGAUUGGAGUGAUUUAAAAAUGGAUCCAGAGUCGUUCUGAAAUGAUUUUGUGGCCAUCUCACUUUGUGGUUUGCAGAGUUGCAAAGUUGGCUUUCAGUUUUGCCUAUGCGUUCUGCACUUUCUAUGCAUUUCAGCAGUAAUAUUGUGUUCCUAAAUGUGUGUUUCUGUAUUUGCCGGUCAAUAGCAAUCAAAAGACGAGCACGAUUACGACUUGCAA